GUUGCACUUCAAUGUAAUCCACGUCAGUAACGCAGAUACUGGAUGGAAAUGCUAAUUUACACUAGUAAUAAAAUUAUCAAUCAUCACACUUAGAAAUUAUAUUAAAAAAGAAGAAGCAACGACACACAGGAAUCCAUCAAAUUUUAUGUUUACCUCAAUCAAAGGACAAUAUACUAGAUAAAUAUAUGAAAUGCAAUUUUUCAUAUGGAAUAUUCCCAAUGACAUGUUGUUAGUUGUUUCAAUUAUUUUCGCCCUGUUUAUCGAUUUGCAAAAAUUUCCCACUAAUUUCCAUACUACAGGAUUAAUUUUAUCGAAACAUAUCGAAGCUGAUGAAACUGCCACCACUUCAUCUGUCAAACAUCAGUGGAAUGUUACUGCUAAUACAAAUAAAAAUAAUAAUGAUAAUAAUGAUGAAUCAUCGGCCUCAUAUAAGUCUAAAAAGAGAAUCUGGGCUGCCUUACCAAAACACAUUGAUCUACUCCAUUUUUCUCAGCCAAAAAUUGAAGAUAAACUGGUUACACAACGGACUAAUUUAAUUCAUACUAUAACUGAUCACAGUAAACAGAAAUUCCGCAGGGAAAGUAGCAAACAAACAUAUCAGUUAAAACGUCAUCGUCCACGUAGAUAUCCUUUUCACAGAAAUGGUAAUAAUAACAACAACAAUAAUAAAAAUUAUCCAUCUUAUGAUAAAAAAAUUCAAACAAGAUUUGCUAAAACUUACAAUUAUGCAAAUUUUACGUGUCCAGCUGAGUGUGAAUGUAAUCUUGUCGAAGUAGAGUGUAAAAAUAUCCACCUGGAAUCUAUUCCAACAAAUAUUCCAGUGUAUACAGAAAAACUAACCAUUACCGGGAACAAAAUCAAGAAUUUGGACGGAAAUAGUUUUCGAGGUCUUAUUCAUUUGAAAACACUAAUUUUAUCAAACAAUGGAAUUGAGAAUAUUGAAUCGGAUGCAUUCAAUCAACUUAUCAAUUUGCGUCGUUUGAAACUGAACUCCAAUCUUCUUCACACUCUUCCGGAGAAUGUGUUUGCUCCCCUGAAGCAGCUACAACGUCUGGAUUUACAAGAAAACAAGUUGGUUUGUCUGCCAGAAUCUUUAUUUUCUGGACUAACUGAAUUACGCUAUAUCCUUCUCGCGAAAAAUAACUUAAUAUGGCUUCCUAAAUCUCUGGUUUCCGAAUUGAAGUUGCUCAAACAUAUUGAUUUAAACGAAAAUCCUUUACGAUGUGACUGUUAUCUGCAACCAUUUUUGAAAGAAUUUCUUGUCAAAAAUCGUCUGGAUAUCUUACACAAAACUAAUGCAGUAUGUUCAUCGUUGAGUAUGGAUCCAAGUCUGCAUGGAUAUCCAUUAAACGAAGGAGUAUUUGAUGCAUUGCAAUGUCCUGUCAACUCAGAAAUGUUACACAAGGCUCCAACAGAAUGCACAGUUACAAGUACAUCGUCAUGUGAUGGAAUUUGUGACUGCUCAAUUGAAGGUGUAGCUAACUGUCAAGGACGCGGAUUGAAAGCUAUUCCGAAUGAUUUACCCCAGGAUAUUAUGGAACUAAAUAUGGAUAGUAAUGAAUUGGCUUCACUUCCAGCGAAUGCAUUCGCCAACUACAAGAGCUUAAGAAAAGUUGUUUUAGACAACAAUCAAAUAUCGUAUGUUCAUCCUGAAGCGUUUAGUAAUCUGAGAGAACUUUCUUCUUUAUAUAUAAGUUCGAAUGAAUUGGGUUUAUUACCGUCUAAUCUAUUUUCCCAUCUGUCGAACCUUAAAAUACUAUAUUUACAUCGAAAUAAAAUCUCUUGUAUUCAAAGAGGAUCUUUUGCUGGUUUGGAACACUUACAAAUCUUACACUUGUCAAACAAUCGUAUACAAACUUUCCCAAGGAAUAGUUUUGAAGACCUACGUCGACUGAAAUAUCUUUAUUUAGUCCAUAAUCCGCUUAUAUGUGACUGCCAAUUAGCAGCUUGGUUACCAGCUUUCUUAAUUGAAAAAGAAGCCGGCGGUACACAAUGGGCUAGAUGUGCAGAGCCAUUAAAUGUUCAAGGUCGUCAUGUACGGGAGUUAUUGCCGCAUAUACUACAGUGUCCAAGUACAAUUAAUUAUGAAAAUGAAAGUCAGACUUGUGAAUUUCUUAGCCAUCAAUGCCCUGAAGGUUGUAAAUGUAUGGAUAUCAUAGUAAAGCCAAGAAUGCACGCGAAUUCAGAGGCCGUUUUCCGACCGGAUGAAUUUGGUCUAAUUUCUGGUGGAUUGAGAGUUGACUGCUCAAGUUUAGAGUUAACGGAAAUCCCUCAAAGUCUACCACUGAAUACUAAAGAAUUAAAUCUGAGGAAUAAUUUAAUCAAAUCUAUCACAGUUAACUCUGGUCUAAUUAAGCUGAGAAAUCUGGAAACCCUCACUUUCAUAUGGUAUACAAGACAUUAUUUUUCACAGUUAACUACAAAUAAUGGUAGUCUUGACAUGAAGAUUAAUCAUAUUUAA